CUCCUGCGAUGGCGCAAGUUGUAGUUACUCGAUCCGUAAAUGGCUCCUUUGUGCACCCUGGUUAUGAAUCAAAGAAGAAUCCUGUCGAGAAGCUCAUGCAUUUCAGAUUCCCGGCGAAAAAAAUUGCUGGAAAAGAACGAAAGAUUGAUCGAAUCGCUCGCUGCAUUCCCAUCACGGCGAAGAGAUCUGCGGGAGUUGAGACAGAAGUUCUCCCAGUUUCGCCACAAGACGUACCUAAGAGAGCGGAAGAGUUUCAGCAACUCCAGGACAUUCAGAAUGGGGAUGUAUCAGUAGGCAUGUGGGCAAAGCCUGCAGUAAGGCGUAAGACAAAAAUCGUCUGCACAAUUGGACCUUCUACCAACACUCGUGAAAUGAUAUGGAAAUUAGCUGAAGCCGGUAUGAACGUUGCUCGGAUGAAUAUGUCUCAUGGAGACCAUUCUUCUCAUCAGAAAGUUAUUGACUUGGUUAAAGAAUACAAUACUCAAUCCAAAGACAAUGUCAUUGCGAUUAUGCUUGAUACGAAGGGCCCUGAAGUUAGAAGUGGUGACUUACCUCAGCCAAUUACAUUAGUCACUGGCCAGGAAUUCACUUUCACCAUUAGAAGAGGCGUUGGCACAGAGGCAUGUGUCAGUGUAAAUUAUGAUGAUUUUGUUAACGAUGUAGAAGUGGGCGAUAUGCUACUUGUUGAUGGGGGAAUGAUGUCAUUUGUUGUUAAGUCAAAGACUGAAGAUUCGGUAAAAUGUGAAGUUGUUGAUGGCGGAGAGCUCAAGUCUAGACGACACUUGAAUGUUCGGGGAAAAAGUGCUACACUGCCAUCCAUCACCGAAAAAGACUGGGAAGAUAUUAAAUUUGGAGUGGACAAUAAAGUGGACUCUUAUGCCGUUUCAUUUGUAAAGGAUGCAAAAGUAGUCCAUGAAUUGAAGGAUUAUCUGCGAAGCUGUAAUGCAGACAUACACGUGAUUGUCAAAAUUGAAAGUGCUGACUCUAUACCAAAUCUCCAUUCAAUUAUAACUGCAUCUGAUGGGGCUAUGGUUGCUCGUGGAGAUCUUGGAGCUGAGCUCCCUAUUGAGGAGGUUCCACUGCUACAGGAAGAGAUUGUUAAUAUGUGCCGUAGCAUGGGAAAAGCUGUUAUUGUGGCAACAAAUAUGCUGGAAAGUAUGAUUGUUCAUCCUACACCAACACGGGCAGAAGUCUCAGACAUUGCCAUUGCAGUUCGCGAGGGUGCUGAUGCAGUCAUGCUCUCUGGAGAAACAGCUCAUGGAAAGUUCCCACUGAAAGCAGUGAAGGUUAUGCACACUGUCUCUCUAAGGACUGAAGCGACAGUGGUUAAGAGUGAACAGCCUCCAAAUCUUGGUCAAGCUUUUAAGAACCAUAUGAGUGGAAUGUUUGCAUUUCAUGCAACCAUGAUGUCCAACACCCUUGGCACCUCGAUUGUAGUCUUCACUAGAACUGGGUUCAUGGCCAUCCUCCUGAGCCAUUACCGACCUUCUGGCACUAUUUUUGCAUUUACAAAUGAGGAGAGAGUUAGACAGAGAUUGGCCUUGUACCAAGGUGUAUGCCCCAUGUACAUGCAGUUCUCUGAUGAUGCUGAAGAAACAUUCGCCAGUGCCUUAUCAUUGUUGCAGGAGCAAGGUAUGGUGAAAGGAGGAGAAGAGGUAGCGCUAGUUCAAAGUGGCAGACAGCCAAUCUGGAGGUCCCAAUCCACUCAUAAUAUUCAGGUCAGGAAAGUUUAGAUGAAACAAAUGGAAAGCUGGACAAAAGAGUUACUAGAAAAUAUUGGAACUAUUUUGUU